CGGCGCGCCGGCAGGGCCACAUCCGGGUUCCUGCUGGCGGGCUCCUCGCAGGCUCUCGGACGCUGGGCGACCGCUGUGUGGACCGCGAUCGCUGAACCCGCGAGGUGCGACUGUGAAGUGUCACUUGUAAAGACUGCAGCCUUCCAUUACCUCAGACGCUGCUCGGGUUUGGGAGAGAAAACCUGAGUGUUACACUGUCAUUCAGUCUCAUGAAACAGCAUUUCAGAAGACGUUCAGAAGUUUCCCUGGGACUCCAAAUCGGCUAGAUAUAACUCUUCCCUGGAAAAUCGGGAAGGCUUGGUUUCUAAGUGACCGGCUAUGUCGCUGUCCCACCUGUACCGGGACGGCGAAGGCCACCUGGAUGAUGACGACGACGAGCGUGAGAACUUUGAGAUCACAGACUGGGAUCUCCAGAAUGAGUUCAACCCCAACAGGCAGCGCCACUGGCAGACCAAGGAGGAGGCCACCUAUGGGGUGUGGGCUGAGCGUGACUCGGACGAGGAGAGGCCCAGCUUUGGAGGCAAACGGGCUCGAGACUAUUCUGCGCCCGUCAACUUCAUCAGCGCAGGGCUCAAGAAAGGGGCGGCUGAGGAAGUGGACUCUGAGGACUCUGAUGAUGAUGAGAAGCCUGCAAAGCAGGAGGAGUUUCCGAAGGAUUUGGGACCAAAGAAGUUAAAGACGGGCGGCAAUUUUAAGCCCAGCCAGAAAGGCUUUGCCGGAGGAACCAAGUCCUUCAUGGACUUUGGCAGCUGGGAGCGGCACACAAAGGGGAUCGGGCAGAAGCUGCUGCAGAAGAUGGGCUAUGUCCCCGGGCGGGGCCUGGGGAAGAACGCACAAGGUAUCAUCAACCCCAUUGAAGCCAAGCAGAGAAAAGGCAAAGGGGCUGUGGGGGCCUACGGCUCAGAGCGGACCACUCAGUCUCUGCAGGACUUCCCCGUGGCUGACUCAGAGGAGGAGGCUGAAGAGGAGUUUCAGAAGGAGCUGAGCCAGUGGAGGAAAGACCCCAGUGGGAGCAAGAAGAAGCCGAAGUACUCUUACAAGACUGUGGAGGAGCUGAAGGCCAAGGGUAGGAUCAGCAAGAAGCUCACAGCGCCUCAGAAGGAGCUGUCUCAGGUCAAGGUGAUCGACAUGACAGGCCGGGAGCAGAAGGUGUACUACAGUUACAGCCAGAUCAGCCACAAGCACAGCGUGCCCGACGAGGGGCUGCCGUUGCUGGCGCAGCUGCCCCCCACGGCCGGCAAGGAAGCCAAGGUGCCAGGCUUUGCGCUGCCCGAGUUGGAGCAUAAUCUGCAGCUGCUCAUUGAGCGCACGGAGCAGGAGAUCAUCCAGAGUGACCGCCAGCUGCAGCACGAGCGGGACAUGGUGGUCAGCCUGUCGCACGAGCUUGAGAAGACCGCCGAGGUCCUGGCACACGAGGAGCGCGUCAUCUCCAACCUCAGCAAGGUGCUGGCCCUGGUGGAGGAGUGUGAGCGCCGCAUGCAGCCCCAUGGCACCGACCCCCUCACGCUGGAUGAGUGUGCCCGCAUCUUUGAGACACUGCAGGACAAGUACUAUGAGGAGUACCGCCUGGCCGACCGAGCAGAUCUUGCCGUGGCCAUCGUCUACCCACUUGUGAAGGACUACUUCAAGGACUGGCACCCCCUCGAGGAUGGCAGCUAUGGCACCCAGAUCAUCUCCAAGUGGAAGAGCCUCCUGGAGAACGACCAGCUUCUGUCUCACAGCAGCCAGGACCUGUCCUCAGACGCCUUCCACAGGCUCAUGUGGGAGGUCUGGAUGCCUUUUGUUCGGAAUGUUGUCGCCCAGUGGCAGCCCAGGAACUGUGAACCGAUGGUGGACUUCCUGGACAGCUGGGCACACAUCAUCCCUGUGUGGAUCCUGGACAAUAUCCUGGACCAGCUCAUCUUCCCCAAGCUGCAGAAGGAGGUGGACAACUGGAACCCCUUGACAGACACUGUUCCCAUCCAUUCGUGGAUCCAUCCGUGGCUGCCCCUCAUGCAGGCCCGCCUGGAGCCGCUCUACUCCCCCGUCCGCAGCAAGCUGUCCAGCGCGCUGCAGAAGUGGCACCCCAGUGAUGCCUCAGCCAAGCUCAUCCUGCAGCCUUGGAAAGAGGUCCUCACCCCCGGGUCCUGGGAGGCCUUCAUGCUCAGGAACAUUGUGCCCAAGCUGGGCAUGUGCCUGGGCGAGCUCGUCAUCAACCCCCACCAGCAGCACAUGGACGCCUUCUACUGGGUGAUGGACUGGGAAGGGAUGAUUUCUGUCUCCAGCCUGGUGGGGCUGCUGGAGAAGCAUUUCUUCCCCAAGUGGCUUCAGGUGCUGUGCUCCUGGCUCAGUAACAGCCCCAAUUACGAGGAGAUCACCAAGUGGUACCUGGGCUGGAAAUCCAUGUUCUCAGACCAGGUGCUGGCACACCCCUCCGUCAAGGACAAGUUCAACGAAGCACUUGACAUCAUGAACAGGGCUGUGUCCUCCAACGUGGGUGCCUACAUGCAGCCAGGUGCGCGAGAGAACAUUGCCUACCUCACCCACACACAGCGCAGGAAGGACUUCCAGUAUGAGGCCAUGCAGGAGCGCCGUGAGGCUGAGAACAUGGCUCAGAGGGGCAUCGGGGUGGCUGCCAGCUCCGUGCCCAUGAACUUCAAGGACCUCAUUGAGACCAAGGCGGAGGAGCACAACAUCGUGUUCAUGCCCGUCAUUGGCAAGCGGCACGAGGGCAAGCAGCUCUACACCUUUGGCCGCAUCGUCAUCUACAUCGACCGGGGCGUGGUCUUCGUGCAGGGCGAGAAGACCUGGGUGCCCACCUCCCUGCAGAGCCUCAUAGACAUGGCCAAGUAACAUCAGAGCCCUGCACCAGACAGGGGUGAAUAAACAGCACUUUAAACC